CGGCCGCCGACGCUGUGGCUCGACAAGGCGUGCAUCAACCAGAGCAAUGUCGACGCGUCGCUCGCCGGGCUUCCCGUCUACCUGGCGGGCUGCCGCAAGCUGGUCGUGCUCGCGGGGCCGUCUUACUCUUCGCGCCUCUGGUGCGCCAUGGAGAUCUUUGUCUGGCUGCAGAUGGGUCGGGGAAAGUCGGACGUGACGGUUGUGCCCUUUGGAGACCACGGCCACGCCAGAGGCAGCACAAAGGAGAAGCGGCUCGGCGCAAGACGCCGCGACCAAUUCUCGCGCUUCGAACUCGCGCACGCACGCUGUGCUGUUCGGUGCGACACGCACCGGCUCCUCGCCGUCAUCGAGGCGGCCUUCGGCUCACACGCCCCAUUUAACACUCUCAUGCGGUCCAUCCUCUCCGAGCGGGUCUUUGUUGGCGCUUGCGGAGAGCUGCUUUCGCGCCGGCCUGCCUCGCUGGUGGUGGUGGGUGCCGAGGUGUAAUAUAGCUAAUUUAGACCGGACCCUACGCGCUACGGCUUUAGACGCUGAGUAGAGAAGUUUAAGGUACACUCUUCCACUCUCGCGACUCCACGUCCACGUCUCAAGAGGUGUAAUUUAUGAGGGUGUACAAUAUAUGUCCAU